GGAAGUUAACGGUUGUUUGUGGUCUAGAACACGGAAUACCUUCAUUUACCUUCGUAUCAUACUUAUAAACAACAACAAAGAAGUGUUAAAUUAUUAUAACUUUUAUCGAUUUUAAUUAGAAAGUCAAAAAUUACCCAAGACAAAGUGUGUUCAAUAAUUAUUAUCGUAUUUGAGUAAAUAUAUAAAAGACAAGAAAGAGAAUCGAAACAAAAAAGUAUGUAACUAAAUUGUGUGAGUGCUUUAAAUAAAUCAAUAGAAAGUGAAAAGAAUGGUGUAACAGAAGAAGAGAAAUGCUCAAACAUAUAUACAUACAUAAAAAAUAUGCAUGUAUGAAUCUAUAAAAAUAAAAACAUAUGUACAUACACGUGUGGAUAAAAUGUGGGCAGCGCUGACUGCGGAGGAGUUCUAAGACAUACAAAGAUGGAUACAACCUUAUAGCAAAUAGAGCACAAAGUGUAGUUAAAUAGCUUUAAGUGAAUCAAUUGUGAUAAUAAUCCAAAAAAAGUAGAAUAGCACAAAAAUGCUUCAAUUAUCGAUGCAGAAACAAGAAACAAGCGUUUCGAACCUAGCACGGACCUUAUGGACCAUAGUCAUUCUCUUAUUACCCACCAGCCAAGCCAAAUCAUUUUUCAAUUAUGACCAUCAACUGCAUCAGUACGCUGUUGACGCAACUACGGAAACGGCGCAGCCGCCACUUACAACAACAGAGGCGACAACGCGCGACAUCGUAAUUGGUCCCUGUCGUUGGGUUAUCGGACGCAAAUGCCCCGAUCAGGAUGUACGCUUCUACUUGUAUACUCGUCGUAAUCCUGUGGAUCGUCAAAGUUUGCACAUCGAUGAAACGCUGGAUAAGUCCAAUUUGACCAAUUCAUAUUUUAAUCCUCGUUAUCAGACAAAGAUUAUCAUACAUGGUUAUAAUGCGGAUAUGUUUAUGGGUACAUUGCAGCAGUUGCGCCGAGAAUAUUUACUACGGGAUGAAUACAACAUUAUCUAUGUGGAUUGGGCCAUAUUGGCACCGGGCCCGUGCUAUUUGAGUGCUGUACACAAUACCAAACAUGUGGGAGCUUGUGUAGCACAACUGGUUGAGCGCGUUUUGGAAAUGGGUACUACUGAUAUGCACGUCGUAGGAUUCUCGUUGGGCGCACAGCUAUCGAAUUAUAUUGCGCGUAACCUGGGCUCUUUCCAGCUGCCGAGAAUAACUGGUCUCGAUCCUGCCAUGCCGCUUUUCAUCACCGCCGGCAUCAAUGAUAAAUUGGACCCCAGCGAUGCCGUCUUUGUGGAUGUGAUACAUACGAAUGCCUUUGUGCAGGGCAAAAUAGAGCGUUGUGGGCAUGCGGAUUUUUACAUGAAUAACGGCAUCAUGCAACCCGGCUGCAACAAAGCGGGCACAAAUCCCUUUGCCUGCAGCCAUCAACGUGCCGUCGAAUAUUUUCAAGAGUCGAUACGUUCACGCAAAGGUUUUUGGGGCUGGGCUUGCAGCUCGUACAUCUCAUAUUUACUGGGCAUGUGCCCGCAAACGAAUUACUUACACGAGGCCGGCGAAAAUAUAAAAACCAGCACGAAGGGCAUGUUUCUGAUCGAUACCAAUGAUACAGCGCCUUACGCUUUAGGCAAAUGGACCGAUUUGCCAACGUUGGGUAAACAAAAGCCCGCAGUGACUAAGGGACCACUCACAAUCACCUUACCGCCUGCAGGAAAUUUCCGUGAUCCAUUGUUGCGCCAAAUCGAUCAAUGGAAUAAAUUGGAUACGAAUUUCAAUAAUAUCGAGCAUUCGCCAACGCCAUUUUCUCAAGAUCCUAUUGGUGAAAAUUGGACAUAUUUUAGUGGCGCUGGCACGGGCGAUAUAACCGAUGGCUUGAAGGAUGCAAAUGAUCACGUUCAGAAUUCUGUGGAGGAAGAAAGUGUGGCGAAUGUGCAAAAAGUGGACGAGGCGCAUGUGGAAUGGCAGGAAUAUCGUCGAAAUUUGACUGUUGGCUAUAUAGAAAAUAGUAUUUUCAAAGUGCCUCAUAUUGAAGGGGAAGCAUUGAAUGGUAAUAGGUUACGGCGACAGCCUCGUGUAAAUGAUGAAUAAAACGAUGAGAAAUAGAAAUGCUAUAUUUGUUUAUUAAGAGGUGCAGACAAAGAUUAUACAGAUAAAUUUAGAUUAGAUUAGUUUGGGGGCGACUUACAAAUCUCAGAACUACAAGUCAAAAACUUUGAGGAUAAUGCAGCCAGCUAUUACUGCGUAAAAAACAUGCUCGUGUGGGUAAAUAUUCUUAGUAGAAGACCAAGAGAUGAUGAGUGAAGUGAAUCAAGUUAAACGGAGGUACUAGGGAAAAUGAGAAUCAGAGAAAAAUGCUGAGGAUGGAAAUAGAAAAUCCCAUUUGUGCAGCUUGCGAAUUGUUUCUGGACCGUCUCAAGGUUAUAGUCAAGGCAAAAGGUGGUCAUAUCAAGCAAAAGUAAAAUGAUUCUUAAUUUUGUAUUAUUUUCACACAUUUU